AUGCCCGGAGCGGCUGCAGGGACGGCGGUGGCGGGAGCGGGCUCGGCGGCAGCGGGGAUGCUCCCGGCUCAGGAGGCGGCCAAGAUCUACCACACCAACUACGUGCGGAACUCGCGGGCCAUCGGCGUGCUCUGGGCCAUCUUCACCAUCUGCUUUGCCAUCGUCAACGUGGUGUGCUUCAUCCAGCCCUACUGGAUCGGGGACGGCGUGGACACCCCGCAGGCGGGUUACUUCGGGCUCUUCCACUACUGCAUCGGCAACGGCUUCAGCCGGGAACUCACCUGCCGGGGCAGCUUCACGGACUUCUCGAGCCUGCCCUCGGGAGCCUUCAAGGCUGCCUCCUUCUUCAUCGGGCUCUCGAUGAUGCUCAUCAUCGCCUGCAUCGUCUGCUUCAUCCUCUUCUUCUUCUGCAACACAGCCACCGUCUACAAGAUCUGUGCCUGGAUGCAGCUGACCUCGGCUGCCUGUCUCGUCCUGGGUUGUAUGAUUUUUCCUGAUGGCUGGGAUUCAGAUGAGGUAAAACGGAUGUGUGGUGAAAAGACAGACAAGUACACGCUGGGGGCUUGCUCAGUCCGCUGGGCGUAUAUCCUGGCUAUUAUUGGAAUCUUGGAUGCCCUGAUCCUCUCAUUUUUGGCAUUUGUGCUUGGCAACAGACAAGACAGCUUGCUAGCAGAGGAACUCAAGUUGGAAAACAAAGUCCUACUAAGCCAAUCUUCACUAGAAUGAGCACAAAAUAAAAUGAAUAACAGCUUUUGUACAUCAACAUUAAAAUGGGAAGAAGCUUGGGAAAGGGCCUCCGAUGGAGAA